AAACCCUUGUGUACGAAACAAUAUCUUCUUAAAAAAACUGAAAACCUUAUCUAAUUUACGGUUUGUUUUGGUUUCGUUGAACACGUUUAUCCAAAAGGAUAAACUCUGUUCCUUAUAAGCAUUUCAUAAAUACAUUAGUUUAUGGAUAUAAAGUUUGACCGUUAGAAGGUGCUGAUAUUUUUGGUGUGUAAUGAGGCAAACGAAGCAAUGCAACGAACAAGAUAGAGAGUAAAGUCAAAUCGGAGGUUCGCUGUUUGCUGUGCUUCCCAAACUUGUAAUCGAUGAUGGUGGAAAAGCUGAAGGUGUUUGCAGAUCGAAUGUCCCAGCCUUCUCGAGCAGUUCUCAUAUUCUGCAGGUUAAACGGAAUUGACUUCGAGGAGAUCAAAGUAGACAUUUCCAAAGGUCACCACCUCUCUUCUGAGUUCAGAGAAGUAAACCCUCUGCAGAAAGUUCCGGCUAUUGUUCAUGGAAGCUUCAACCUCUCCGAGAGCCACGCAAUCAUUGUCUAUCUUAAUUCUGCUUUUCCUGGAAUUGCUGACCAUUGGUACCCAAGCGAUAUUUUCAGGAGAGCAAAGAUUAACUCGGUAAUGGAUUGGCAUCACUCUAAUUUACGACAUGGAACAGUGAACUAUGUAGUAAAUACUGUACUAGGACCUGCAACUGGCCGUCCACUUAAUCCAAAAGCAGCUGCUGAAGCAGAAAAAGUGUUAUUUUCUUCUUUAUCAAAGCUAGAGGAUGUUUGGCUCAAUGGAGAGGGACGCUUCCUGCUUGGUGGUUCUCAGCCAUCUAUAGCAGAUCUCAGCAUGGUUUGUGAACUUAUGCAACUUGAGGUUUUGGAUGAGAAGAAUCGGAGUCGUAUAUUAUCCCCAUACAAGAAAGUUCUUCAGUGGAUUGAUGAUACAAGAGCUGCAACAAAUCCUCACUUUGAGGAAAUGCAUAAUAUCCUUUAUAGAGCUAAAAAGAAAUUUGAACAGCAGCGUUCAAGGGUAGCUGAAACUUCGACUGAGCCUAGCCACCAUUCAAAGAUGUGACAGACAUGCCUUCAUCUUUGCUUCAAGACUGACAACGUAAUCAUAGCCUUUUUCUUUCAACAGACUUGAGCCUUGAGUGUUAAGCUUUGCUUUGUCGGCUUGAAGAAAUUUACAUCUUCCUGAAAAGACACGAAUAUAAAUGUACUGAAAUAAACCCGCCAUUUUAAUUCCUGUAACUUUUGCGGGUGCAAAUAUCAUUACUUGAAGGAUUUUCAUUGCGUA